AUGGACUUAUCUGACAGUCCGACGACAAGUCCAAUGGGCUCCAGACUCGACCUGAGCACCCCUAUUCCCGCAGCAGCGUCUGUUGCCAACUUUGGCCAUGGCCACGCGGUAUUCGGGUCUACGACUCACCUUUUUGGGCCUAAUCUGCCACUUCCUCUUGCUUCCACUAAUGGCGUUGUUACUCAGGCCGCUUCUAUUAGUCGGAAUGGAUGCACGAAUAACCUUAAUGUUCCAAACCUGGAGUUUUCUACAGUUGUGCCUCCUUUUUCAUUUAUAAGUCCUAUUUGUUCCACGAGUGCCACUCCUGUUGUGGCCACAUCAGCAUCUGUGGCUGCAAAAAUUAACGAAGCUUCUGAGUUAUCUGACUUGCGUACCUCAACAAGCCGCCAUGCCUUGAUAUCGCAACCUAUGACUUCGGCUCCCGCGAAACCUACACCUAGAUGGUCUACAUCAUCUGAUGGGAGAGAUGUUCUUGGACUAAUCUGGCCAAGUCAGCUGUCACCAGUAUGGAUAGAUGCAGCUCGCCUUGCUGGCUUGCCUAAGGCCACUUCUGCUCACCCACUAGACCCUAAAUCUAGCCUUACCGAAUUCUGGGUGCAAAUAGAACAACAACAGCAACAACAACAACAACAACAAUUACUACUUCAACAACCACAGUAUGCAUUUCAAUUUGAGCAACAGCUCUCUUCUCUACAGAGUCCUCAGCCUCCCAACGUAAAAAUGACUUCACGACAGAAGUCUCGUGAGAAUAGCUUUUUCUCAGACCCGGAUGCACAAGCGACGGGACAAUCUGUGCAAGAAGUUGCGGACUCUGGUGGCAUCAAAGCAUAUGGCGCCAACUCUCCUCGAAAGGAGCUGUCUAGUUCUCAAGAACGGGAAAUGUUGGAUCUGACAGAUGUUGCUGGCACUUGGCAUUCAAGGUACGAGAGUAACCUCGGAAAACAGGGCAAUGUUUUUGAUGAAGAGGAUAUACUUACGCUAUCACGUGCAUCCAAGACUAUGAUGACUGCUAAAAAGCUUACUAACGGUUUGGGCGAGAUCAGCAUCCCCAACCAGGUCAUACAUAUCAAACUGCAUCUUCGUCAUGCAGCCACACAGCCCCAGGGCCAAUAG